UCAGCUAUCGGAAUCUCCACCCAUCGGAUGAGUUCUGACGGUCACGAGCUCAGGCACGUAGGAACAGUCGGUCGGUUGAAGAACCCUCUGAUGACGUUUCUUCUUAGGGAUCACUGGGUCUCGACGUGCUAGAGAACUAGAUAAUUGAGCCACAUCCAUCGCCGGUGUUCGUUACCUACAGCUGGACAAUAACCACUACCAAAAACAUAACCUUACAAAAUAUGGAAAAUGUAAAGGAUACAUUUCAAAAUUUCGCGGAAAUAAACGUCGAACCAGUAGUAAAACGUAGCAUUUGCACCACAUGCAAGCGCCCCUCGAAGGUGUGCUGGUGUUCGGCCCUUCCAAAGGAUCGAUUGCGUCCUCGAGGUCAAGUGAUCAUUCUUCAACAUCCCGCCGAGGAGAAAAGAUCCCUGCGAACGGCACCGAUGCUAUCCCUCGGACUGGUCGAGGGUAAAUGUACCGUCUACAAAGGCAAACAUUUUCGAACGAAAAUCGACCAGCUCGACGAAAUCUGUAACUCGCCCAACUCCCUGUUGCUUUACCCGAGCGCGAACUCGGAGAAAAUCGAAGUCGUGGCCGAACGGCUCAAAGGAAGCUGCUACAAUUUAAUCGUGAUCGACGGCACUUGGCCCCAGGCCAAGGCGAUUUAUGGCGGCAACCCGUUUUUAAGACAAAUCCAGCAGGUGAAGCUAAUGGCAAGCUCGACCAGCUACUACACGAUACGCACGCAGCCGACCGACGGAUGUCUGAGCACCUUAGAGGCUGCGGCCGAGGCGCUAGCAGUAUUAGAGGACGACGACCGAUAUCGGACCGAGCUAAUCAAACCGCUGACGUUGCUCUGCAACUACCAACUGCAGAACGGCGCCGUCUGCCAUCAGAGCAAGGAGUUUCGAAUUAAAAACAACACGUAUCCGAAACUGAUCGGGAAACGGCUGAAUCGAGUUUUAGGGAAGGGGGAGAGGCUACGAGACGAGCAGUGAUUAAUUUAUUGUUUUAUUUAAUUGUUAAGCGUUUGCAAUCGCAGGCAUGAGAUUGUAGUAAAUUUGGAUGCCUUUUAGAAAUAUAUUGAUGUUAAGAAA